AUGCAGGCCGCCAAAGAAGCUGUCAAGAAGUUCACUUCUAAGGAUGGACACCAUGACACCACUGUUCAUGAGACCGUCUCCCCUGCAGUUACACAGGAGACCGUGAGCCGGCAACAAGAGAACAGAGUCCAGACAGCUUUGGACAAAGAGGUACACCAAGACCAUUACCACACCUCCGUCCAGCCCGUGCACGACAGAGAAGUGCUCCCCGAGCAGCAUCACCACAAGGUGGGAGGUGUUGAGCACCGCAACUUCGAGCAUGACGACCACUCGAGGAACAAGGAACGUCUCGCCGCUGAAGCAGCUCAGUUCAAAGACCAGUCUACCAGAGUAGAGGGGGAGCAUACCACCCGCGGCGAGCCCGUCGUUGCUGGCGAGCAUGUACACCAUCAUGUGCAUGAGAACAUCCAGCCCGUCGUCAACAAGCAGACUGUCGAGCCUCACGUAGUGCACAACACCAUUCCCGUCCACGAGGUCCACCACAACGCUGCCCAGCAUCAUGGCACAUCAGCUCUGCCCGCUGUGAGCAUGAGCGAGUUCCAGAAUCAGGGAGGUUCGCUCGGCGGACGUGGUGAGCGCUCUGAUGCUUUCACCGGCGAGCCAAGGCAUGUUGGCGGUGCCCUUAGUGGUAACAAUCACGGCGGCAACACGACCGGUGGUGCGGUUGGUGAUGGUGUUCACUCUACCGGCAAACCCACACUUGGCCAGAAGGUCAACCCCAAGAUCGAUGCCGAUAGAGAUGGGAAAGCUGGUAUUUUGGAUUAA